CCAUUUUGGGGACGGUGUCAGUUUCCACUGAGCUUUCAGCGCAGCGCUUUUCCGAAGAGGCGAUAGCGGGAUCUAACCGAGGGGAAACCCGGCAUUUUCGCGGCGCAUUUUAACAGCGAGUGGCGUGAACACAAGUGACUGCGAAUCUUCGCGGUGGAGCGUUUUUUUUUUUUUUUUUUUUCCUUCCGCGCGCUGGCGUUGCCGUGCUCUUAGUGCAACUGACAGCGUCUGCAGCUCGCUUCAAGAUGGCCGCUUGGCUCGCGCUCAGUUCGUGCUGAUCGACUUCUAACUUUCAUUGUCCAAACUCCUUCACGCCCGAGGACUCGCGUCUGCACCGCAAGGGCCUUAAUCUCCCAUGACGAUGCAUCGUACAACAAGAAUCAAGAUCACGGAGCUAAAUCCGCAUUUGAUGUGCGUCUUAUGUGGCGGAUAUUUCAUUGAUGCCACCACAAUCAUAGAAUGCUUGCAUUCUUUUUGUAAAAUGUGUAUUGUCCGCUACCUGGAGACCAGUAAAUAUUGCCCUAUAUGUGAUGUCCAGGUCCACAAAACAAAGCCUCUUCUCAAUAUUAGGUCUGACAAAACUCUACAGGACAUUGUGUACAAACUGGUUCCAGGUCUGUUCAAAAAUGAAAUGAAGCGAAGGAGAGAUUUCUACGCUGAACAUCCAUCAAUAGAUGCGGCCAAUGGUUCCAACGAAGAUCGUGGGGAAGUAGCAGAUGAAGAGAAAAGGAUCAUCACAGAUGAUGAGAUUAUUAGUCUCUCAAUCGAAUUCUUUGACCCCAAGGCCCAACAGCAAGGCAGUGCAGAAGAGAAGCAGAGUACAGAUGAGGUAAAUAAUAAAAGGUACUUGCAGUGUCCUGCUGCUAUGACUGUGAUGCAUUUGAGGAAGUUUCUGAGAAGUAAAAUGGACAUACCCUGUACUUUCCAGAUUGAAGUUAUGUACGAAGAUGAACCCCUGAAGGAUUAUUACACGUUAAUGGACAUUGCUUACAUUUACACAUGGAGACGGAAUGGUCCGUUGCCCUUGAAGUAUCGGGUGCGGCCCACUGCACAAAAGAUGAAGAUUACUAACCCACAGGAUGGCCUGAACAGCGCCAACCGCUCGGAAAGCGACUCCGCAAGCGACAAAACCAACAGUCCUGCUGGCGCACCGUCCACCUCCUCACCGCUGCCGAGUCCGUGCACACCAGUCCAGCCUUCGCAUUCCACUUUCCCCCAUAUUCCUAAUCCCAUCAACGGCUCUUCGAUGGGAAGUCCCAGUCGACAGUUCACCUUCGGCAACAAAGUGCGAAAAACGUCACUGAACGGAUCCUCCACUUCAUCGGGGUGAUUGUAAUAAAUUGCCUAAGCCAACGCCAGAUUAUCCAGCUAUCUCCAUGCCAACGUCGUGUCACUGUCGCCUUUUUUCGUCUUUAUUAUAUUACACAUGUAACUUUAACAUAGUGGAAGUGGCACAUUUCAUCUGAUUGCUGGAGUACAUUUGGGAACGAUAGCCUAACUUUGGCCGCAACGGAGCGCAGCAGUUUAGAACUGAUAGUUAUGGUGUUUGCAGCACAUCCAGAAGACUUCGCAUUUUCGCAGUUAAAUAAUUGACCGAAUUAGUUCUUUUUUUUUGUAUGUAUUUUUACUUUUGGUCUUCAUUUUCCAAAGCAAUCCAGAUGUGUUGCUUGUAUUUGAAGCGUGAUCUUAAAAGCAUGCUAAAAACAUUAGUUCGCCUUUCUUGGGCAAGUAGGCCCACUAAACAUUCCUGAUGUAUUCAGCUGGUAUUCACAGUAUAUCAAAGAAGAUAUAUAUUUAGUUCAUUUUAAAGAAUGGUAAAGGCCUGUAUGUAUUUAGAGAAAUUUAGGGUGAAAAGUUAAUGUCAAGCUGUAGUCGGCGUGUUUAAUUUUUAAACGAAGUUCUGGAAAAUUCUAAACCUCAGUUGUGAUUUCGCUUUGCUCCGUUGGACUUUCUCCUUAACGAACCCCGUUCACAGGCGGGAGUUAAACAACGCAUGCCGCGAGGCCACGGUCUAGGCCCAUGUAUAUAGUCAUGCACGUGCGCUGUAGGCAGCAGUCUACCAGAUUCACCCGUUCUCGCUCAAAGACAAUUUUGAAUACUCAAGUGUUCAUUUGUCUUAUUGGUCGACUGUAUGAAUAACUAUUGUAUUGUGACUGUUGCACAGUAUAAAUCAUCAAAAUAAACAUUUUACACUUUCA